AAAGCAUGUCAAAAUUUACUGACGAGUUUGUUGUUUUCUUUCCAAGAGGAGAAUUCUUAUUGGAAACAAAUCGCGUUAUAUCAGUGCCAGUAAGAAGCUCUGCCUGAGCUUCAAACGCAUUCGCUUUCAUAUACCCUUUGCUGCGGGAUCACGUUCUUCUCCAGCUGUUAAUCGUGCACGCGUGGAGGUGUUCGGAACUUGGGAUUGAUCUGAAGAGCCUCGUUAGACCGGGCAUCGAAAGGGAUUUAUUUGUCUGCUGUAUUGCAAAGCUGCUGCUGCCACAAAGCACACGUACGAUAGGAAACAUAAAAGUGAUAAGGAAUGUGAAGGUCAACAUGGUUGGAAAUAGUAGUUCUCCCAGCUGGAUGCAGCGUCUGUUUCGAUCAAUGAUUUUGGUUGCCAUGUUUCAGAAAGGCGCCAUGAACAACACGAGCAGCACCAUAAUUCACGCGUCAUCGGAGUGGACACUAGUGGAUGCGGUUCACGGAAAGGUUUGCUACCCGGCUUACGUUCGAGAUAUCAUCGAUACAAUAGAAUUCCAGCGACUCCGCAAUUUGAAACAGCUGGGGACCGGCUCGAGAGUUUUCCCUGGUGGAACUCACACGCGGUUCGAGCACUGUCUAGGAGUGUGCUUCCUUGCUGGAAAAUUACUGAAAACGCUCGAAGAAAACACUGGCGUACAAAUUAGCGAUAUUCACCGGAAGUGUGUAAUUCUGGCGGCUCUUUUGCACGAUAUCGGCCAUGGACCUUUUUCUCACAUGUGGGAGGACUUCGUGCACAGUGGAAGUGACAGUCAUUGGACGCACGAGCAAUCUUCGUGUGAUAUGGCUCUCCAGUUGUUCGCUAACAACAACAUAAAACUGUCCCAAGAGGCGUACGAACAUUAUUACGCCGAGCAGUUGAUCUGCGCGCUGAUCACUGGCAAUCAGGAUGCGCUGAGGACGCUCCUCACGCCGGACACAAUGUUCCUGGCGGAGAUUGUUCACAAUAAGCGGUACAAGAUCGAUGUCGACAAGUGGGAUUACCUGAUGCGGGAUUUAUUCCACCUGGGCGCGGCAAUUCAGGUUAACACUGAGUUUCUACAGCUGUUCGAGCGUGUUCGAGUUGUGCGCGAUGCAAGUGGCGUGACGCACAUUGGUUACAGCGCGAGUGAUUAUAGGCGUAUUGUUGCGCUGUUUGAGGCGCGAACAAAGCUGCACAUCGAGUGCUACCAGCAUCCCACUAUUUUGGGCCUGGAGAAAAUGUUAAUUGAGGCACUCAUUCAGGCGGAAGAGCUCGGCUUCAGACUUCGUGGAUCAAAAUUAUCAGAAGCUCACCAGCUACCGUCAGUCUAUCUUUACUUGGAUGAUAGCAUCGUCAACCUGAUCGAAAUUAGUGAGAACGCCAAAUUGAAAGGUGCACAAGACUUGCUGGCCAGUAUUCGACUGCGGAGAAUGUACAAAAAUAUUCACGUAUCCUGCGAGCCAUGUGAUAUCGAAGAUCUCCACAAACGUUUUGGUGGUCACCAUUUCUUCCAAAUCCGCAAGCGGAUACCUUACGCCAGUGAGAUGGCUCCUCGAGAUGUACCGCUUUACGAUGUGCAGGGCAACGUUAUCGAUAGUCAGGAGGUGGUCGAUAGUGUGAUGAAAUCGCUUCCAAACCGUGGUCACUUCGAACAGUAUUUGGUAUACAGUAAGACCACCGAUGAGGACUUUGUGGACAACGUUCGAGAGUAUCUCCAGUCAACAUGCUUACCAAAGAUUGUUCAACAACAAUAAGUUCUAUGCGGGUAGUAGUGCACAUAUGCUUAAAUUUUACGUAUAUUUGCACCUUUACGGAUAUUAUUUAUUGUUCGUUUUAAGAGUUUUUAUUCGUUAGAUUUGUUUUUAAUUGUUAGUUUAGUAAUAUGCGGAAUGAAAGUUUACCGCAUUGAGAUUAGCGUGGGCUAUGGAAUCAAAAAAAAAUGAAGCAAGGCAAUGUGCUUAAUCAGGAACACGUUUUUAUAGUAUUGUUUUCAUCUCGAAAUUUAAGUGAUAUUCUUAGUGAACACCAAAGUUUUCAUUUACAAUUUCUGUAUAUUUGGUUCAUUUGAAAAUAUGAACCAAUUCUAAUCACUGUGUUGUCAGGAAUAAACCAUUUUUACUUAAACGGAAUAAUAAACCUAUUUACCAUCUUAGCAAACAAG